UUAGCUUCUUUGUCUUCCCGCAAUCUCCUGCAGCUUUCAGACACAACUCCUUCCUUCCUCCCAGAAAAUGGCGAUGUCCGACCGUGAUGAUCUAACUACACAACUUCUCUCCCCCAGGGCUUCUGAUGAACCCCAAACUAUCCUCACCGUCCGCGACGAUGACUCCGACUCUGACUCUGACUCUGACUCUGACUCAUCGGAUCCAACUACCGAUCAGCCUGCUCUCCGCAAAAACGGCAAUCAUCAUCACCAUCGCAAACACGGGAGAAACAGCCACUCUCAUAAUAACGACAGCACCGACGACAGUUCUUCGUUGAAUUCUUGCAACCCAUUUGAGUUUAUCGGGUCCACCGGGUUAUCGGUGCCUGGUACCACCGCAGUGGACCCGUUUCAGAAUGAGACGCCUCGGGUUGAUGGGGUUUAUGAAGUGAUGAAGAUUGUGGUGUGUUUGCCGAUUGCUUUAGUGAGGCUGGUGUUCUUUGGGUUGUGUUUGGCAGUGGGUUAUGUUGCGACCAGGUUGGCGUUGCAGGGUUGGAAAGACACGCAGAACCCAAUGCCCAAAUGGAGGUGUAGAAUCAUGUGGGUCACUAGAAUUUGUGCCCGUCUCAUUCUCUUCUCUUUUGGCUAUCAGUGGAUUAGACGAAAAGGAAAACCUGCUCGAAGGGAGGUUGCUCCAAUAGUGGUAUCUAACCAUGUGUCAUACAUUGAACCCAUUUUCUAUUUCUAUGAAUUGUUUGCUACAAUUGUUGCAUCAGAAUCCCAUGAUUCCAUACCCUUCGUCGGAACUAUUAUUAGAGCAAUGCAGGUAAUAUAUGUUAACAGAUUCUCACCAUCAUCAAGGAGGCAUGCUGUAAAAGAAAUACAGAAAAGAGCUUCCUUUGAUAGCUUUCCUAGAGUGCUACUAUUUCCUGAGGGAACCACAACCAAUGGAAAGUUCUUUAUUUCAUUCCAACUUGGUGCAUUCAUCCCUGGUUAUCCUAUCCAACCUGUAAUUGUUCGGUAUCCCCAUGUGCACUUCGAUCAGUCCUGGGGGACUAUAUCUUUGGCAAAGCUCAUGUUUAGAAUGUUUACUCAGUUCCACAAUUUUAUGGAGGUAGAAUAUCUUCCUGUUGUUAUGCCUCCUGAUCGUCAAAAACAAAAUGUCAUCCACUUUGCUGAAAAGACUAGUCAUGCUAUGGCAACUGCUCUUAAUGUUGUACAGACAUCUCAUUCCUAUGGGGACUUAAUGCUACUUAUGAGAGCUUCAGAAUUGAAACAGGUGUGCUCCUUCAUGGUGAAUACCAAUGGCUGUUAUGAAAACCCACGGAUGUACAUGGUAGAAAUGGCUAGGAUUGAAUCAUUUUUCCAUAUAAGCAGCUUGGAGGCCAUAGACUUUCUGGAUAAAUUUCUUUCCAUGAAUCCAGAUCCAAGUGGUCGUAUUAGCUUUGAUGACUUUUUAGGGAUUCUUCAACUGAAGGCUUGUGCAUUUUCUGAAGAGAUAUUUGGGUUCCUUGAUGUGGAGAAGAAUGGAUCAAUUACAUUUAAGCAGUUCUUAUUUGGAUCUGCCCAUGUGAUGAAGCAACCAUUAUUCCAGCAAGCCUGUGAAUUAGCCUUUGCCAAAUGUGAUGUUGAGGGAACUAAUUACUGUUCAGAGCAAGAAGUAUAGUGUUCUCUUUCUUCUCUUUCUUAGUCAUUGCCAUGGUUUAAUUUCCUUGCUUAUAUGUUCCUAACUUUUUCGCUCACCCUUCAUUUUGGGUUGCUUUUGUAACAGUUGGCAGAUAUUAUUAGACCUACUAUCCCGGAUUUGAAUGAGGAUGAGGUAGCAUAGACCCUUUUUCUUUUCAACCAAGAAAAAGUAUUAUCCACUGACCUAACAUAAAUUCAAAACGAUUCUUGGUGGCUCCAUUAAAUAUUGGAAGAAAAACAUGAUCAAUAUUUUCUUUAAAAUGUAAGCUGAAAAUUUCACUUUUCCUUUUCUUUCAUCUAACCCAUCUCACUCUUCACUUCUAGGUCCAUGGACUAUUCAAUCUAUUUGACUUAGAUAAUGAUGGGAGGAUCAGCAAGGAUGAUUUCUUAUCCUGCCUUAGAAAGAAUCCUCUACUAAUAGCACUUUUUUCACCUUGUUUGGAAAUGGCGCACAAGGAUUUGUCUAAAGACAAAGAUAGAACACCAGAGGAGAUUGUCUGAUGGAUUAUCAAAAGGUGUAUGUUCUCCUGAGGCAGAAGAGAGAUAUAUUGUCUGACAAAGAGAGUAGUUCUUAUACAAUUAUGAGGGCGUAAUGUUUUUUUUAUGGUGCCCCCCCUUAGAUGCCUAUCAGAAAGUUAUACAUUGAAAUUGAUCAUGAAAAAUGGGUUUUAUUUGUUCUUUUCUUUUCUUUUCUUUUCUUUUUGGUUCUUUUUUUUUUUCUUGUAUCUGCAACUUCUAACAUAGAUCUUUUGACUAUACAAAUAUGUUGUGCUUUUCUUGUAGCUUAUGAGAAAUCAUAGAAAUUAACAAUCUUUGUGGGC